AUGAUGCAGAUGAAUGUCCUCAGCAACAAGCUCCCGUUCCGGCGGGCCCUUCGGUGGUUGGUGCGGGAGCACAGCCGCAAGCUAACAAACCGGACCCAACAGGUGGACAUGGAGUGGAGUCCGCCGAAGGGCCAGGCAGAAAUGCAGUGGAGCCCCGACAAUCUAACAGGUGACGGCGACUCAGGCGACGUCAGGGGCAACGGCGGCACAGCUGUGCAGGUGACGGAUCACCUGGACACAUUGGGGCGGAUGGAGAGGUGGAGAUCCGUAUUGUUGCCACUGAAGAAGCAACGGUUGGCGACGGAGGUGCAGGUGACGGAUCACCUGGACACAUUGGGGCGGAUGGAGAGGUGGAGAUCCGUAUUGUUGCCACUGAAGAAGGAACGGUUGGCGACGGAGGUGCAGGUGACGGAUCACCUGGACACAUUGGGGCGGAUGGAGAGGUGGAGAUCCGUAUUGUUGCCACUGAAGAAGGAACGGUUGGCGACGGAGGUGCAGUGCGUCCAGCCUCAUGGUGGUAAUAAUGGCACAGAGCUUUUUGGCCUCGAUGCCGUGGCUCCUAACGAGAUGAUCGCUGGACGCAGUGAGAAGUUGCUGCAAUACAUUGACAGCUACUAUGUAUGGUUAAAACUUGCGACGUCCAAUAUGAUGCAGAUGAAUGUCCUCAGCAACAAGCUCCCGUUCCGGCGGGCCCUUCGGUGGUUGGUGCGGGAGCACAGCCGCAAGCUAACAAACCGGACCAAACAGGUGGACAUGGAGUGGAGUCCGCCGAAGGGCCAGGCAGAAAUGCAGUGGAGCCCCGACAAUCUAACAGGUGACGGCGACUCAGGCGACGUCAGGGGCAACGGCGGCACAGCUGUGCAGGUGACGGAUCACCUGGACACAUUGGGGCGGAUGGAGAGGUGGAGAUCCGUAUUGUUGCCACUGAAGAAGCAACGGUUGGCGACGGAGGUGCAGUCAACCACCUUGGACAUGGUGAAGCAGUGGGCGACAGAUGUGGGCGGUGGAGAUUGCAACAGCCAUGAUGACAGCAAAGGCCACUUCAAAGCGCAGCCGUUCUGGACCUGAUGUCGUCUUGACUGAAGCGGAUCAUGGAAACAAAGGCGAAGGGGAAGGGGGGCAAGAAACGACGGUGGUAAUGGAUGCACGUUUAUUUUGGGGUGGAUGCACAUGCAAUGUGAUAAGAACACGCCUUCCUAGAUAGGAUUGGAGGCGUGUCCAUAUGGCGCGAUGGACAUUAUGAAAAAGCUUAAUUUUGGACUGAAAGGGGCCUUCAUAUCACGUGAUAUACAACUUUCAUUUUAUGGAGACGCCUUCUUUUUGGACUGAAAGGGGCCUUCAUAUCACGUGAUGUAUAUGUUUCAUUUUAUUGAGACGGCUUCUUUUUGGACUGAAAGGGGCCUUCAUAUCACGUGAUGGACAUGGGCUCGUUUUAUGGAGACCACCUUCAUUUUGGACAGAAGGGGUAUUCAAAGCGUAAGGGACAUUCAUUCUGAGCUACCUUCAUUAUGUAACGAAGUGGUC